AUGACGAAACCUAAGGACAAGUCAAUUUCAAAGUCUGGAAGUGCGCCAGACCUGCAGCCACCCAUAACGCUACAAACCCUUCGUGAGAACCUGGACCUAUGGUACAGGCUUCGGGUCCUUCUUCAUGACUUCAACAACGUCAAAGACCCUAGGUCCGAGCAACGACUCUCGUGCACGACCCAUCCGCUGUACAUCAGUCCGCCUUACUUCUCAGACGCCGACUCCUCCAACAUUCGAACGGCGCUAUUAGUCGAAACCUCAAGCUCUUCCGCCACUUUCAACGAAGAGACUAUCACCCUGCGGCCAGAAAUGACGGUGGAAGAAGCAAUUCAUGGUGGCUUGAGCAACUUCCUUGAAGGGCGCAAGGCUAGCGGUGACGCCAGACCAUGCGGACUACACGACAUGCUUCCAAUCUACAGCGCAGUAUUCGGGAUUUUAAAGGAGCAGCUUAAGGACGAGCGCUUCAUCAGUCGGGUGCGGAAAGCGGGACUUGGAGACGCAGUGGGAAAGGAACAAUGCGCCGGCCAGGGGGGAAGCGAGAAGAAGCCUGCUCGGGGCAAGGGCAGGGAGCGAAAAUAA